UCGGUUGGGAAUGCUGGAGUCAUUUGAUCUUGAAUCAUAUGACACAUGCGAAUCUUGUUUAUUGGGUAAGAUGACCAAGUCUCCUUUCACCAGACAUGGUGAAAGAGCUGGUGAUCUUCUGGAACUCAUUCACAGCGAUGUGGACACCCCUGGGUUAGCCUCACUUGACAGGAUCACCCUUGCACUCCGGUUAUCAUAUCGAAACGAUUCUGGGUCAAUAUGGUCAGCGAGGCUCGUUCUACAAACUGUCCGGAAUUCUGCCUGCAGAACGGUCGACCGUGACCUACCGGCGGUCGACCAUGGGCUAUGUUCUGGGUUUGGGUCAGAAACGGUCCACCGUGGUAUUCCGUCAUGGUUGACGGUCGACCGUCCCGGCGGUGACCGCUGGACUGGCCGAGGGCCGGUCUAUAGGGCGUUACAAUCAAUCUACGGAUUAAAGCAAGCCUCACGGAGUUGGAACAUCUGCUUUCACGAAACUGUCAUCGGCUUUGGUUUUGAAAGAAAUUCGGAUGAAUCUUGUGUAUACAAGAAGGUCAGUGGGAGUGCUGUAGUCUUCCUUGCUCUGUAUGUUGACGACAUACUGCUAAUAGGAAACAAUAUUCCUACUUUAACAACUGUCAAAACAUGGUUGAGUAAGAGUUUCUCUAUGAAGGACUUGGGAGAUGCCAGUUAUGCACUUGGCAUAAGGAACUAUAGGGAUAGAUCACAGAAGCUGUUAGGUCUCAGUCAAAAAGAAGUAGAACGCAUGAGAAAUGUUCCUUAUGCGUCGGCCAUUCGAUCCAUCAUGUAUGCGAUGGUAUGUAGGAGACCUGAUGUCGCCUUUUCUCUAAGUGUCACGAGUAGAUACCAGUCCAACCCUGGCGAAAGCCAUUGGACGGCUGUGAAGAACAUCCUUAAGUACUUCCGUAGGACUAAGGAUGCCUUCCUUGCAGGGUAUGUGUUUUGUUUGAAUGGCGGAGCUGUUACCUGGAAGAGUUACAAGCAAAAUACUACUGCUGAUUCCACUAAAGAAGCAGAGUACAUGGCUGCAGCCGAGGCAGCCAAGGAAGGUGUGUGGCUCAAGAAUUUUAUUACUGAGCUUGGAGUGGUUCGUAGCAUCAAGAACCCUAUAUCGUUGUUUUGCGACAACAAUGGGGCAAUUGCACAAGCAAAAGAACCUCGGUCUCACCAAAAGACCAAACACAUCAAACGCAAACGGAUUGCAAUUCAGACCCGUUCGGGGGAAAAAGCGCGUACCGUUCAGAGAAUGAGUCAAGCAGCAGGAAACGACGGACAGCCUGUCCUAGAGGGGGUGCCUGAGCACCGUGGCGACCUUGCAGUCGCAUUACAUCAGGAUUCCGCCUACGACUGGUGGAAGCGCGUGGGAGCGGACGUCCCGGAGCCCGUUCAGUGGGCCACUUUUGACCGACUCUUCCAUGAAGAGUACAUCCUGGAGCACUUCACCGAGGCGAAGCGGGAGGAGUUCUUGAAGUUCACCCAUGGUGAACUCACACUGCCUGAGUAUCGUAAGAAGUUUGACAAGCUCGUGGGGUUUGGGCAAGACCUCGUAUCGACCAUGGAGAAGCGGUGCAAACGCUUCAUGGAGGGUUUACGUCCCGACUUAUCGGCUCAUCUGAUCACUGCCCCUCGAGUUGAUAUCAACACAUUGUUCAAGCAUGCGUUGGACAUGAAUGCGGCCCUCAUUAAGAAGGCUGAGUAUGAGCAGAUGCAGGGGGCGCCAGCGACACCAUCUCGUCCUCCUCCACCCAGAAGGCGGGGACCAGUAGCAAGAGGUCCUUUGCAACACCUAGCAGCUCCCACCAGAGCAAGAAGGCUAAGGCAGCGCCAGCGCAGUCAUCCACGUCCGUUCAGAAGAAGGGCAAGAGCGCAGAUGGGUUUCGCAACCCGAUCUGCGACCAUUGUGGGCGCAGGCACCCGGGAGAGUGCUGGUUCACUCAGGGUCUAUGCCUUGGGUGUGGCCAGGCCGGGCAUUUCCGUAGAGAUUGUCCGAAGAAUCCGGGUGAGGCAUUCUCAUCUGCACCAGCUGCCUCAGCUCCAGCAGCGCAACCCGCACAUAGCUAGAACCUUGAUUGAUCCGGGUUCCACUUUAUCAUAUGUUUGUAUGCCUAUGCCUGUAAUGCCUAACAUUCCAAGGGAGGACUUGGACAACCCAGUAAUUGUGUCCAACCCAUUGGGACACAGUUUACGACUCACCCAUGUGUAUCACGAUUGUCCAUUAGUGGUCCAGGGGAAGACUUUCCCUGCAAGUCUCAUUGAGCUUCCACAUCGUGAGUUUGAUGUUAUUCUAGGCAUGGAUUGGCUCACUGCCAACCAAGCUGUUGUUGACUGUGGAGCGCAUACUGUUCGACUGAGAGCCGAAGACGGUAGUGACGUUCUGAUCCGUGGUGAGCUUCUUCCGAAAGCUCCAGAAUUUAUUUCCUACAUUCAUGCUCGCCGACUCAUUCGCAAGAAGUGUGAAGCAUUUUUUUGCAUAGUGCGUGACACUCAUCAGGAGGCACCUAGUAGGGGAGACAUCCCUACGCCUACAUUACAGCAGCAGAUAGCAUCAGCCCAGGGUAGCGAUGAUUUCUGUAUCCAGACCGUUGAGCUCGUCUCUCGAGGAGAGAAGCCAGACUUUGCAGUUCGGGAUGGAAGUUUGCCUAUGGUCCAAGGCAUGAGUCUUUCCAAGACUCAGGGUGCUUCUACUCCAGAAGAAGUAGAACGCAUGAGAAAUGUUCCUUAUGCGUCGGACAUUGGAUCCAUCAUGUAUGUGAUGGUAUGUAAGAGACCUGAUGUCGCCUUUUCUCUAAGUGUCACGAGUAGAUACCAGUCCAACCCUGGCGAAAGCCAUUGGACGGCUGUGAAGAACAUCCUUAAGUACUUCCGUAGGACUAAGGAUGCCUUCCUGGCAGGUUAUGUGUUUUGUUUGAAUGGCGGAGCUGUUACCUGGAAGAGUUACAAGCAAAAUACUACUGCUGAUUCCACUAAAGAAGCAGAGUACAUGGCUGCAGCCGAGGCAGCCAAGGAAGGUGUGUGGCUCAAGAAUUUUAUUACUGGGCUUGGAGUGGUUCCUAGCAUCAAGAACCCUAUACCGUUGUUUUGCGACAACAAUGGGGCAAUUGCACAUGCAAAAGAACCUUGGUCUCACGAAAAGACCAAACACAUCGUUAGACGUUAUCACAUUAUAUGAGAAAUCGUUGCACGCGGGGACGUUGAGAUUUGCAAGAUAGGUAUAGACGAUAAUAUUGCAGAUCCGUUGACGAAGGCUUUGGGAAAGCCUAAACACGAGAGUCAUACGUGGUCCAUGGGCAUUCGAGAAAUGCUUGAUUAGCCUUAGGGCAAGUGGGAGAUUGUUGUAUUUAGGUGCCCUAGCGGCAAUCAAAUACCUAUGUAACU